AUGAACGAUGAGUUUAGUGCUUUGAUUAAAACAGGGACAUGGGAUUUGGUGCCUUGGCCUACGGAGGUGAAUAUUGUUAAUUGUAUGUGGCUAUUUAAACACAAAUUCAAGUCUAAUGGUGACCUUGAAAGGCACAAAGCUCGUCUUAUGUGUGAUGGCAAGUCACAAGAAGUUGGUGUGGAUUGUGAUGAGACGUUCAGUGCAGUAGUUAAACCAGCCACUAUUUGUAUUGUUCUUAGCUUAGCUUUGGCUAAAAAGUGGUCGAUUCAUCAAUUAGAUGUCAAAAAUGCCUUUUUACAUCGGAUUGCGGUGACUCGUACUCCCUCUUAUUUGCUACUUUCACAGGAAAAGUAUGCACAAGAGAUUUUAGAGCGUGCAGGUUUGGGCUCUUGUAAACCUGCAGCUACUCCAGUUGACACUAAGUCCAAACUUAGUGCAGAUGCAGGACCACCUUUUCGGGAUCCUACGUUGCUAGAUAUUGCCUAUGCGGUACAACAAGUGUGUCUUUUUAUGCAUGAUCCCCGAGAAUCUCAUUAUGAUGCAUUGAAACGCAUUUUGCGUUAUGUUCAGGAUACCAUUAAUCAUGGCUUACAUUUAUAUCCAUCUACUUCUCACCGUUUGAUUACUUACACUGACGGUGACUGGGGAGGUUGUCCCGAUACCCGUCGUUCUACAUCGGGUUAUUGCUGCUUUCUUGGGGACAACCUCGUUUCUUGGUCAUCUAAGCGUCAACAUACUUUAUCUAAAUCGAGUGCAGAAGCAGAAUAUCGAGGUGUCGCAAAUGUUGUCUCUGAGGCAUGUUGGCUUCGUAAUCUUUUACUUGAGUUACAUUGUCCUCUUCGACAGGCUACUAUUGUUUAUUGUGAUAAUGUCAGUGCUAUCUACCUUUCUGGCAACUCGGUACAACACCAACGCACCAAGCAUGUGGAGAUGGAUAUUCAUUUUGUUCGAGAAAAUGUUUCUUUGGGACAAGCUCAACUUCUACAUGUUCCUUCUAGAUAUCAGUUUGCGGACAUUUUCACAAAAGGCCUACCACGAGACUUAUUUUUGGGUUUCAGAUCCAGUCUUAGCGUACGACCUCCUCCCGCUAUGACUGCAGGGUUGUGA